GUGUUGGUCUGAUGUGUUUGUUGUGUUAUUGUGUGAUUUCACUCUAUUUCUAGGGGUUUAUUAUUCCUUUUACAAACAAGAUGGAUACUAAAUGGAUAGAAUACAAGUGUAAAUCAGGACAUACUCUGUAUUACUACAACAAAGUGACAGGAGAACGCAAGUGGCCUUGUUCUUUAAUAGGAGACAAUCAGGCCAUGAUUGGUCAGCCAGUUAUCAACAAAGACUUGUGUACACAGACAGAUAUUGGUUGUCCUUCCAGUUUAGAGCAAAGCACAGAAACUUCACCUCAACAAAAGCCAUUUGUUUUCCAUGCAGAAGAUGUUAAAGAUGAAGAAGACAGUAUGGAUGGAGAUGGAAUUAUUGAUGCAAUGUUGAAAGUUCUUGAGAAAAUAACUGAUGGAAAUGAAUCUGAACAUUUGGUAGAGAUUACAAAUGGCAAAAACAAUGAAACAACAGAUAAAUAUGUCAGCAAUAAAGAUAGUGAUGAGAAUAUGGAAAGUGAAAUUCAGGGAGGAGAUUGAAGUGCAGGCACUGAACACUUAGUAAAGUUCGCAAGUGACAAUAAUAACAAAACAGAAGAUAUCUCUAUACCUGACCAUGGGCCUGAGA